AUGUCCCUACAAAUCAGACGAGCAGGGUAUUUCCAACAGGAUGGUGCACUGCCUCCUAUUGCCCGUACUGUUCGCGCUUGUUUCGAUCUAUCGUUGGCUUGGUCACGCUUUUCUCAUUAUCUAUCUAUCUAUCUAUCUAUCUCAGUAGGUUCAUAUCUAUCUACCCAUGUAUCUAUGUCAGUCAGUUCAUAUCUAUCUCAGUCUGAUUAUAUCUAUCUAUCUAUCUAUCUAUCUAUCUAUCUAUCUAUCUAUCUAUCUAUCUCAUUUUGUUCAUAUCUAUCUAUCUCAUGUGUUCUAAUUUUAUCUAUCUAUCGAUCUAUCUAUCGAUCUAUCUAUCAAUCUAUCUCACUCUGUUCAUAUCUAUCUAUCUAUCUAUCUAUCUAUCUAUCUAUCUAUCUAUCUAUCUAUCUCAGUAGGUUCAUAUCUAUCUACCCAUGUAUCUAUGUCAGUCAGUUCAUAUCUAUCUCAGUCUGUUUAUAUCUAUCUAUCUAUCUAUCUCGUUUUGCUCAUAUCUAUCUAUCUAUCUAUCUAUCUCAUGUGUUCUUAUCUAUCUAUCUAUCUAUCUAUCUAUCUAUCUAUCUAUCUAUCUAUCUACCCCCGUAUCGAAAUGAACGGCUAAUCCAUCAUAUUAUUUUAUAA